AUGGCACUUCUCGGUCUCAGUGAAGCCCUGCCACCUGCCAAGCAGAGCGCCCUGCUUCUUCCUCCGCUAUUGAUCCCAUCGCCACCAGCAUUCCCUACCUCGCUUUACCCGACCAGCCUCCAGCUGUCCAUGGUGUAUGAUCCCCGUAUUUCCAUCGUACCUUGCGCGGCAAUGCGGAAUAAUCUGAUCAUAUUUUCGGGUAUCUAUGACAUGGAAGAACUUGUUUCUGAUUUGCAUGGGGGACUGUUUGAGGGAUUCCUCGAUGCAGACAUGUCCGGCGUGAUGAUAUGGGGAGAGCCAUGGAGAUCGGCGUCAUGGGAGGUGACUGACGGAUUCGCCCGGAAAUGGGGCUUCUUGCUGGAGGGAUGUCCUGAUAUACAGGAUGCUACGAAUCGAUGGCGAGAGUCGAGGGGCGAGGAACCAAUAUGCUGGGAUACGAUCCCAACUCUCGAGAAAUCCAAGACACAGGCUCUCAGGGGGAAAGUUGCUCUUGAUUGCGUGGCUAAUGAGUUGUGA